AUGGCUGCAGCUACAGGAAACACCGGCUGGGCCCAGCUGCGGCAACAGGCAAGAAGUCUAGAAACACAGGUACGAUAUUCCUCCGCUCAGAACGUCAUCCAGGCUUCCCUGACAUCCGGCCUCCACAGACAGAGACGCUAUUCCACACCUACUCUCAGUUCUCGACGGUAUCCGACAUCCCGGCAAAGCCCACAGAAGAAGAAAGGACCACAGAAGCGAAGCUCCAAGAUCUCCUCGAAAAAGUACGCUCAAGCCCUCGUUCGACAGACCUCGGCUCUCACCCCCUUCGCUGCCUUGAACGCCCAAGCUGCUCUCACCUCAUCCGCUCUGAAACAGAACAACCUGGCUCUCCUUCGUGAGAAGCUCGCCGAGCAUAAGCGCGAUCUCGUGCGCCUGCGCAAAACCAUUUCCGAGGCUCGCGAUCGCGCCCACCUUCUUACGAACGUUCGCUCCGACAUCGACGAAUACCGUGCCAAUAACCCCGAAAACGCCGAGGCCGAGUACAUGCUUGCUGAGCGCAGCCGCAUCGAUAAUAGUCACAACAUGGCUGAUAGCGUCUUGUCUCAGGCAUACGCUGUCCAGGACAGCUUCAAUAUCCAGCGCGAGACACUCGCCAGCAUCAACCGUCGUAUCACCAUGGCUGCCAGCCAGGUACCGGGGUUGAACAGUCUAAUUAGUCGUAUCUCAGCUAAGAAGCGCCGGGACGGCAUCAUAAUGGGCGCAUUCAUUGCGUUUUGCUUCCUGAUGUUCUGGUGGUUCUUGUAA